AUGGCUGUUAAAAGACUAAUUCGACACCGUAAACGUGCCCUGUACCGUGCGAUGGGUAUCGGCCUCGGACAUGACAAAGAAGAUAGCAAUUCUGUCAACUACUAUACGAUACUUGAUCUUGAAGAAAUUGGUGAACGAAUCCACGGUCGGAAGUUUGCGGAUUGGUUGCUCAGUCAUAUGGACGUAACCGAGCUCUUGUUUCAACUUGCUAAGGAUGCACAUGUUGUCCUCUUACCUGGGCGAGGCUUCGGGGUGCGGCAUCCAUCAGGCCGCGUAUCUCUUGCUAACCUGAAUGAAGCCGAUUACAAGUCAAUUGGCCAAGCUAUCCGAGCUCUCAUUGAAAAGUAUGUUGAACGAUUCAACACGGAAACAUCGGAAGAGCCACUACCUAAUAGCAAAGUGGCUCUACCUAGAGGUGUAAGCCGAUCAUGUGAACUACCAUAG